AGCACCGAAUAAACUUAAAACAAAACAAAACAAAUCAUCUCUGUUGUAUGUCACUCACUCACUCUGCACUUUCUCUCUGCUAUUCAACUUUCUUCACUCUCUCUCUCUUUCUGUACUCUCUCACCAUUCUCAUUCUUCUCAAACCCUUUCUCUUCGAUUCGACGUCGUUUUACUUCCAAACUUAAAUCCAACACACACAUUCCAUUUUCUAACUAACUUUUUCAAGCUUCAAUUAUUUUCUUUCCAAAAACAAAAAACCCCAAAUAAUAAUUUAAUUUCCCAAAAUGGGUUGCGCACAAUCAAGAAUAGAUAACGAAGAAUCAGUUGCACGUUGCAAAGAUCGUAAAAACUUAAUGAGAGAAGCUGUUCUUGCUCGUAACGCUUUCGCCGCCGGUCACUCCGGUUACUCCAUGGCUCUCAAAAACACCGGUGCCGCACUCUCCGAUUACGCUCACGGCGAAACUCAUCUCGACGACAUUCAACUUCACGCGCCACCGCCUCUUCAUUCUUCUCCUAAACCUCCACCGCCACCUCCACCGCCUAUGGAAGAAACCCUCCCUCCUCCACCUCUUCCACCUGAUUUCUCACCGGCUUCACUCAAACGCUCUGUCACAUUGCCUCCUGUGGCUUUACAGCACCGGAAGUCCGUCGGCGGUGGAGGAAUCGCUGUUGUCGAGGAAAACGGUGCGAAAAACGAGGAAGAUAAGGGAUUGGGAUUAGGAUUAGUUCACGCGCCGCCUUCUCCUCCUGGAGGUAAAGCGAUGCCGCCACCGCCUUUGCCGGAUUCGAAGAACAACAUGGCUUGGGAUUAUUUCUUUAUGGAUAUGAACAUGGCAAGAGCUUCUUUGAAUGAAGAAGAUGAGAUUGAAAAUGAAGAAGGUGAAAUUGAAGGUGAGAAUGUUGAUGAUAAUGGAGGACAUGUUGAGGAUGAGAUUGAACCGAAAACACCGGAGAAAGUUGAGGUUGAUGUGUAUAACAAGGAGCAUGAUCAUGAAGAUGAUGAUGUGAUAAGAGAAGCUACACACAUUGAACAUUCUAAAACUGCUCCUGCUGAGUUUAGAAGAGCAAUUAAGGUGGUUCCAACUGUUACUCUUAUGCAGAUUCUUGGUUCACUUGAUGAUCAUUUUCUUAAAGCUUCUGAGACUGCUCAACAAGUUUCCAAGAUGCUUGAAGCUACUAGGUUGCAUUAUCAUUCUAAUUUCGCUGAUAAUCGGGGUCACAUUGAUCAUUCUGCUAGAGUCAUGCGUGUCAUAACAUGGAAUAGGUCUUUCAAAGGUGUAUCUAAUGGGGAGGGUGGAAAAGAUGAUUUUGAUUCAGAAGAUUACGAAACACAUGCCACUGUUUUGGACAAGUUGUUGGCAUGGGAAAAGAAGCUCUAUGAAGAGGUUAAGCAAGGUGAGCUUAUGAAGUUUGAAUAUCAAAGGAAAGUGGCAAUUCUGAACAAGCAGAAGAAGCGUGGUGCCAGUGUUGAAUCAUUAGGAAAAACUAAAGCGGCCGUAAGUCAUUUACACACAAGAUAUAUUGUUGAUAUGCAGUCAAUGGACUCAACAGUUUCUGAAGUGGACCAUAUACGCGAUGCUCAGUUGUAUCCAAAACUUGUUUCUCUUGUUUCCGAGAUGGCCAAUAUGUGGGGGAAUAUGUUCAUGCAUCAUGACAGCCAGCUAAAAAUAGUUACAGACCUCAAAUCUCUUGACAUUUCUCAAGAUCAUAAGGAAACAACCAAACAUCAUUAUGACCGCACCGUGCAGCUUUGGAAUGUAAUCCAAGAAUGGCAGUCACAAUUUGAGAAGCUCGUGACUCAACAGAAGCAUUAUAUCCAAGCUCUUAAUAGCUGGCUGAAGUUAAAUCUCAUUCCCAUCGAAAGCAACCUAAAAGAGAAAAUCUCAUCCCCGCCAAGAGCCCAACAUCCACCGAUUCAAGCCCUUCUACAUGCAUGGCACGAUUAUCUUGACAAGCUUCCCGAUGAGCUAGCAAAAUCUGCUAUUUCCUCCUUUGCCGCAGUGAUAAAGACGAUCAUACUUCAGCAGGAGGAAGAGAUGAAGUUAAAGGAGAAAUGUGAGGAAACUAGAAAGGAAUUUUUGAAAAAAAACCAAGCUUUUGAGGAAUGGUACCAGAAGCAUUUAUAUAAAAGGGGACCAGAUGAAGCAGAUGAAGUGAAUACAAACAAUCCGGUCUCGGAGAAGCAGUUUGUCGUUGAGAGCUUGAAGAAGAAAUUAGAGGAAGAAACUGAAGCUCACAAAAAAUUGUGCGUUCAGGUAAGAGAGAAAUCACUCCAAAGUCUCAAAACUCGCUUGCCUGAACUCUUCCGUGCACUGUCGGAUUAUACCCAUGCGUGUUCUGAUGCUUAUGAGAAACUGAAGUUGAUUGCUGCACACUCUCAGGCCAACGGUGCGGCAUGACAUGCUUUCAUGUCCUUUCUCUUUUGAGAAAGUUUCUUUGUGUGUAUUUUUAAUUAAACCUAAGGUCUGCUGCAUCCUCACACAAGAAAGCAGCAUACAUGUUUUAGCUUAACAUGCUUAUUUAUCAAUCUUGUGUGAAAAUUUUGCCAUA